AUGAAUGAAGAUCUGAAGGUUAAUUUGAGCUGGCUGCCUCAGGAUCAUGUAGAAGCCAGCUCUACCGAGAAUGCCUCAGCUGCAGGCUCCUCCCUGGUUCCUGUCGUAGACCCAGAGCCCGAGCUUUUGGUAAACCCCUGGGACAUUGUCUUGUGUACUUCAGGGACCCUUAUCUCCUGCGAAAAUGCCAUUGUGGUUCUUAUCAUUUUCCAUAAUCCCAGUCUUCGUGCCCCCAUGUUCCUCCUGAUAGGCAGCCUGGCGCUGGCAGAUCUCUUAGCGGGCAUUGGAUUGAUCAUCAAUUUCGUUUUUGCAUACCUUCUGCAAUCAGAAGCUACGAAACUGGUUACGAUUGGACUGAUUGUUGCCUCUUUCUCAGCAUCUGUCGGCAGCUUGCUGGCUAUUACUGUUGAUCGUUACCUCUCCCUGUAUUACGCUUUGACUUACAAUUCAGAGAGGACUGUCACUUUUACCUAUGUCAUGCUUAUAUUGCUCUGGGGAGCAUCUAUCUGUAUUGGACUGCUGCCUGUAAUGGGCUGGAACUGCCUGAGAGAUGAAUCCACCUGCAGUGUUAUCAGACCACUCACUAAAAAUAAUGCAGCUGUCCUUUCGGUCUCUUUCUUGCUUAUGUUUGCCCUCAUGCUGCAGCUCUACAUUCAAAUCUGUAAAAUCGUGAUGCGCCAUGCCCAUCAGAUUGCCUUGCAACACCAUUUCCUGGCCACUUCCCACUAUGUGACCACCCGAAAAGGAGUGUCUACUUUGGCCAUUAUUUUGGGGACUUUUGCUGCUUGCUGGAUGCCUUUUACGCUCUAUUCUUUAAUAGCAGAUUACACCUAUCCUUCUAUAUACACCUAUGCCACCCUCCUGCCAGCUACCUACAAUUCCAUCAUCAAUCCUGUAAUAUAUGCUUUUAGAAACCAGGAGAUACAGAAAGCACUUUGGCUCAUCUGUUGUGGCUGUAUUCCUUCUAACCUGUCUCAGAGAGCAAGAUCACCCAGUGAUGUCUGAUUGGCAGCUAGGAGGACGCUCCUUAACAUGUUACUUCCCAGACAUUCUUGCGAUGCUGUCUUUGGUUUAGAUGCGUUCAUUAAAUGGUGUGUGAUGGGUUCAUAUAAAAACCACAGGAUGCAUUGACCUUCUUGUAUGCAGAAAACCCCAGUGACCAAAAUGAAUCGAGUGGUUUAAGGGAGAUUUCCGAAAUCAAAAUAAUCAGUGUUCUUACAGAUGUAUGAUGUUGCUCAGGGUCUUUUUGUUAUGUCACCCAGACUUUGCCAUGUUUGCCAUGAUUUUACAUUAAGUUUGCUAAUUAAAAUUAGAUUGAAACAGCAUACCUCCUUUGAAAUUUUUGAUGUGAUUCAGUUUAGUCAUACUGCAUGUUACAGUCUGUUGUCAGGAUAUUUUUUUCC